AUGGACACGACUAUUCAAUUUGCAGGCGAUCAGCCUCCGAGGCGACAACACAGGGAACUCGAUGUCGGCGGUGUUGUACCGCUUCGCGUGCGGUCGCGUUCUCUAGGAAGAAAAAGCUCGUUUGAAAUCUUCAAAGAAGGCACUGUGGAAGCUGCGGAAGAUGAAGACGCAGGCUUACGGAACGAAAGCGACUACAAGCGUCGACAGGCGUUCAGCUUCGCUCAGGUGCUCAUGCUGGCUUACCAAAGUGUCGGUGUCAUCUACGGUGACAUUGGAACCUCGCCACUAUAUGUCUUCUCUAGCACGUUCACAGAAGCACCAGACAGGGCGAACCUGCUGGGUGUACUCUCACUCAUCAUCUGGUCCCUUACUCUUAUGGUCACGUUUAAAUACGUUAUCAUCAUCCUUCGUGCCGACAACGAUGGCGAAGGAGGCACAUUCUCGACGUAUUCGUUGCUGUCGCGCUAUGCGAACAUCGCGAACCGUGACCCGCGUGAAGCCACCAUGAUUCGCAUGGAACGUUUCAGGACCAAUGAGCUCAGUAAAUCGCAAAACUCCUUCCGCUCGACGAUCGAGAGAACCAAGUUCUUCCGCCGGCUACUGAAAACUAUUGGCGUUUUCGCCGUGUCUAUGGUCAUGGCUGAUGGUGUUUUGACUCCGGCGCAGUCCGUCUUGGGCGCUGUUCAAGGUCUAAGUGUAGUCAAGCCGGACAUCACGAAGUCCACCAUUGUCGGCAUAACCUGCGCUAUUCUGAUUUUGCUGUUCCUCCUGCAGCCUCUUGGGAUUUCUAAGCUCACAAUGGCUUUCUCGCCCAUCGUCAUGGUCUGGCUUGCAUUCAACGCUGGGUUUGGAAUAUACAACUUGGCUAACCACGAUUACACCAUUCUUAAAGCCUUCAACCCGUACUACGCAUUUGAAUACCUCGCCCGCAAUAAAUACGAAGGAUGGCGAAGUCUCGGUGGCAUACUUCUUUGCUUUACUGGCGUCGAAGCGCUCUUUGCUGAUAUUGGAGCUUUCAGUCGCCAUGCGGUGCAGAUUAGCUGGCUUGGUUACGCUUAUCCGUGUCUGUUGCUAGCAUACUCUGGCCAAGCUGCUUUCAUCAGCGAGAACCCUGACGCAUAUUCGAACCCUUUCUAUAACUGCGUUCCCCACGGGUGGCUCUAUCCCUCUUUGGUCAUUGCUAUCCUGGCUGCAAUCGUCGCUUCUCAAGCUAUGAUUACUGCCACGUUCCAGCUCCUCGCCCAGAUAAUGAAGUUGUCGUAUUUUCCUCAAAUCAAGGUCGUACACACUUCGACAACAUAUCAUGGCCAGCUUUAUGUGCCCGCAGUUAAUUGGCUAUUAAUGGUAGGCACCGUGGUCGUCGCCGCUAUCUACAACAAUACCACAUCUCUCGGCAACGCUUACGGUGUUUGCGUUAUGUUCGUUACGUUCUUCGACACCUGUAUGGUCACGCUAGUUGCGAUCCUUGUCUGGCGCAUCAAACCGUACUUCGUCUUUCUGCCGUGGCUUACGAUCGCAAGCUUGGACGGAACAUUUCUGUCUUCCGCCCUCACCAAGGUGCCGGAUGGUGCUUGGUUCACGAUCCUGCUUUCCAUCCUGAUCGCCACUAUCUUCAUACUGUGGCGCUUUGGGAAGGAGCAGCAAUGGUUCGCAGAGGCUGAAGACCGCUUUCCGACCACGCAUUUCGUCAAAACAUUCGAUGACGGGCGAAUUAAGCUUACCGAGAAGUUUGGCGGAAAGUCGCUUAGCUCCAUUGAAGGGUUCGGCAUCUUUUUCGACAAAGCUGGCGAGACAACGCCAAUCGUCUUCAGCCAAUUCAUCCGCAAACUUGUUACCGCACCAGAAGUCAUCGUGUUCUUUCAUCUUCGCCCGCUAGAGGUACCAUCGGUCGCCUUUGAAGACCGCUAUCAUGUCUCUCGACUAGCCUUAACAAACUGCUACCGCUUGGUUGUACGACACGGCUACAUGGAUGAAGUCAUUACACCGGACCUGGCCUCACUCAUCUUUGAGAAAGUCCGAAACCAUAUCGUCACCCGUGCGCUUGACCGCGAAGGCGAAGGGAAGUCCACUACCGCAACCGAUGCAAACAAUGGAGCCGACGUAAACAAGGUCAAUGCAAAGGUCGCCGUUUCCGAAAAGGACGCUUCAGAGCCACCAUCCUCUGAACCGAGUGCUAGGCCUGCACCUACUCCUACUGCAAGCGUCUCUAGCACUACUGCUAGGCUCACGGCCCUGGAGCGUGCCUUCAAUCACGAAGUGCUGUACAUUAUUGGCAAGGAGCAGAUGAAAGUCAAGCCAGGGACGAAUUUGUUUCGCAAGAUUCUACUCCGCGCCUUCUUGUUCAUUAGGGAGAACACACGGACAAAGAUCGCUAGCUUGGACGUUGACCGCGAUCAUGUCAUUGAGGUCGGCUUCGUCAAAGACGUAUGA